CUGUCGGAGAUUUGGAAAUAUUUAUAGAUUUGGAAAUAUUUAUUGCCUGCAGUUUCUUUACAUGUCGUUGAUCUGUGCAACAUUGAUUACUGUAGAAAAUGUCAACCUUCAUAGCUCCCAUUUCUCGACUUUCAAAUAGUGUUAUCAGAAUAUUGGGGUGCAAUGCUGGACCGAUGACACUGCAGGGAACGAACACCUAUCUCCUUGGCACAGGAAAGUCACGAAUCUUGUUGGACACCGGUGAACCAAAUAUUCCUGAGUACAUUGAUAUUCUUGAGAACGUGCUGCAGAAUGAAGGAGCCACUCUAUCAGACAUUAUUGUUUCCCAUUGGCACAAUGAUCAUAUCGGAGGAGUGAAAGAUGUUUUAAAAUUAACGCAGUCUAAUUCGACUGUUUGGAAAUACCCCAGGGCGAGUGAUGAAAUGGAGGAUCUUCCAAAAGAAGUUAAUUUUCAACAGCUGAAAAAUCGACAGAAAUUUGUGACAGAAGGUAUAAGUCUUGAGGUGAUCCACACUCCUGGUCAUACUUCCGAUCACAUCAUUUUAUGGGCCCCGGAAAACAAAAUUGUUUUCAGUGCUGACUGUAUUCUCGGGGAAGGCACAGCAGUAUUCGAAGAUUUGCUCAGUUACUUAAACUCAUUGAGACUAAUUCAAACCCUAUCUGCCAAAGUCAUUUAUCCAGGACAUGGUCCAGAAGUUACGGAUCCUGAGGAGAAAAUCAAGUACUACAUUGAGCACAGACUAAAAAGAGAAAAUCAAAUUAUAGAAACACUGAAGUCAAGCCCGAAUACUUUAUUUACUCCACUGACUAUUGUUCAAUUAUUAUAUGAGAAUUUAGAUGAUGGUUUACAACAAUUUGCAGCACACAAUAUUCGACAACACCUUGUGAAACUUCUCAAAGAGGGGAAAGUUUUUGAAGACGAUGAUAAGUGGCAGCUUAAAAACAAUAAACUGUAGUCUUAAUGCAGUUAUGCUUAAUGAUCAUGAAAGAAAGCAGUUUCUACAUUUGUUUCAUCCAAGCAUGUCAUCCAUAUCAUGUAUGGCUGUCCACAAACGCCGUGUCAGUAAAAGUUAUACAUAUGCAAUACAUAUAUGACAUGCAUGAAGGUUGUGGUCUGUGCCUGAGCGAGUGAAGUUGAUGAAAAAUUGAGUAUGUACCUAUCCUGAAGUACACAGCUGAGUGUACAGUGUAUAGAAUACUCUAAAGUAUGAGAGGGGGAAGUUUGGGUGGAACUUCCUUGUGAAAUUAAAAAAUUAGCUCUUCUCGGAUAUAUUAUGAAUAUCUCAAUGUAAUUUUUCAAGAAGACUUGGGCAAUAUUCAACCUUUUGCAGCGUAAAACAAGGCGUUUUUGGGAGUGCCUUAAAGUAGUAAUUUUAGUCAAAUAUUUUUACAUAUAAGGACAAACAACAGCAAAAAAUCAAUGCUAGUAAUUAAGUCAUAAAAGGGUAAGUUGUUCGAGGAGUAUGGUAAUAAUCGUGUUUGUCUGCUAGGGCAAGUUUUGAUUUUUAGAAAUUUUUUAUCUUUUCAUGUUUUCUUUUGUUAUUUUUUGAACCUGUGAUUUGAUGUGCACUUCCAAAAAGGCACAUAUUUCUGUGUUAUCAUAAAAAUAAAUUUUUUACGAUAAUUUUUUAUAUAAAAA